CAAAUAUUUAACUUUCCCCCUUGUGGAUGGUUUUGAAGCCAACGAAUGCUGUGAAGCUCAAAGAAAAAUUAUCCAGGCGAUUCAAGAAUCGCUAAUUCGAACUCGAGCAAACCCUCUUGCCACCAAAAAGAACCCUUACACUUUCUAGGGUUUCAGCUGUAGCUUGGGUUCGAACGGUCUCAAUUCGAGAGUGUGGAGAAAAACCUUCGACUUUGAAGAACUUGGGAUCGCAUUGUUAGCGAUGGGAGCUGUUAAAUUAGAACUUCGCUGUCCCCAAAAUGAGAACGGAAUUAUCGCCGCCGAUCCGGAACCAGAUUGGAGCUUCGAAGCUCUUGUGUCGGAGCUGAAUUCGUUAGAAUUGAAGCUCAAUUCAUCGUCAAUAUUUCCUAUCCCUUUUACUAAAACAGAGUCGCGAGGACUUUCCAAUGUGAAGAAGGGCCCAACCGCAUUUGUAAUGCGGGUAUCAGAUGAUGAGAUGGAGGAUGUGGAAAGAGAGGGUGGGGUUGAAGAAGUUUAUGAUCGGAGUUUAGUUGCAGGGAGCCGAUUUGCCUGUGAUGAACUUUAUCUGAGUGAUAGUGAUGAUGAGUCAAAUCUUCAUGACCAAUUCCACUUGAUGGAUAAAGCAGGAGUAGCAGAAGGUGCAUUUUUUGAGCUAACUCACGAGCAUCAGCUUGCAGUUAAGGAGGAAGUUAGCACCCAAAUUUCAGUAUUGGAGACAGAUCUAGUGCAUGAAAGGAAAAAAUCUACAUCUGCAAUUGUUCGGGUUGAGAAAUAUAUUGAAGCAAGGCGGGAGAUGGAUAGGAAACUUGAUAUUCAAUAUCAGCGCAAUAUUGCAGAAGCGCUUGACAACCACAUGACUGCUGUUCAGAGGGACCAUGAACAUAGAUCCCAAAUAGAAGAAAGGCGAAUAAGGAAUGAGGCUGCUUUUGAAGAGGCAAGAAAAGAGAAGGCUCUUCAAGAAGAAAAGCUACGUCAAGAAAAGGCUAAAGGAGAAGCAAAGGUUAGACUUGAGUUGGCGGCAAAGAAGAGAGCUGAGGAAGCAAAAAUAGCAGCUUUGGAAGAUGAGAGAAGAGCAGCAAAAGAAGCUGCAGAAAGGGAAGCUAUUGGAGCCUCUACAAGAGAUGCUACUGAAGUUGCCCCAAAGGAAGCUACAGGGCACCAGAUAGAUGCUAGUUUGGGAAUUUUAAAUGCUCAAUUGAAUGGAUCCAAAACUGAUGGAACUAAGAAAGCACAAUCAGCAGGUAAUAUACUUAAGUCUGCAGAGAGUGCCCUAAAAUUAGAGCAAGGGAGACUACAGAAGUACAAGGAGUUAGAUGAAAAAACCCAGGCACUAGGACAAAGUUCCAAUAAGGAUUUUCAUAGACAUGAACAGCAAUUUGCUAGGCGAAUAAGACAAAUAUCAGGGACAAAAGAGAAUGUCAGAACAAAAGGGAAUGAACUAAUUAAGAUUUUCAACGAUCCUCUUUGCCCUCAACCAAUCAAUGUUGCAAUAUUUGUGAAGAAGGUUGUUUCCUACUUUGAAGUGGAUCAGCCUAGUAAGGUUACUUAUGCAUGUGGUCAUGUCAUUGUUUUUGUUACUUCACAGGUUCCAUAUGCAAUGGAUCUUCUUCUUGCUGAAUUACAUCGAGUUUGCAUAUAUACUGUGCCAAAGCAUAUAGAUUACUCAAAGUCAGCAUUCAAAUCGAAAGAGGAUUACUACAAAAUGAUUGGCUAUCGAGAAGAAAAUGGGAAAAUUGAAAGAACUGAAGAUUAUUUGAAACGACUGGCAUGUUACAUGAAAUUAUAUGCGGCACUGGUUCAGACUGAAGCUGAUGGCGUUCAAAACCCACAUGGUCUAAAGGAAGGUUGGGCAUGGCUGGCAAGGUUCUUAAAUGCUCUCCCUGCCAAUGUAUAUACCGCAGUUGCGCUUGAGGUGUUCCUGCAAGUGGCAGGCUUUGCUCUCUUUCGAAAGUACAGAUCUCAGUUCAGGAAGAUACUAAAGGUCAUCUCUGGCAACUUUCUGGUUGCACUUAAAGCACAAGCAGAGAAAGUAAAAGAACCGAAGUUGAAGCAAGUCAUUGGAAAUAUUCAGUACUAUGUGGAAAAAAACGAGUUCCUUCAGGAACCAGAAGGAUGGAGGAUGCAGGGUUCUUUAUUAUCGGGUUCUAUGGUGCCUGAGCUAGACUACCCAGAUUCCUAUCAUCAUCCAUCGAAUUACUCGGGUUCCUAUCGUUAUUCAUCAUACUACUGAUGACUAACAGCUAAAAUUAAAUUAUAGCUUUUUUUUAACAAAAAAGGGAAUUUCCAAUGUAUUGGAUUUGUAUGAAGAGCAAGUCACCUAGUGCAAAUGACAUACUACUAAACAAAAAGACAGUAAACCAAGAAAAACGGAAGAAAGGAAAUCAAAUUUGAAUCUCCAGCAAUGAAUACAUUGUGCUCCAGUAUAAUUGUUGUUCAUAAUUUUUCUUUAUUGAACUGGAA